UCCUGGGAUCGCUCCGCUCUAUCAGUCCGCGCGUCGCAGCCGUUGCCGCCGCCCCCCGUCCCGGCCCCCGCCCCCGGGAUCCCUCAGCCCAGCCAGGUCCAGCCCGGUUCCCGGGAGGAUGAAGUUCGUGUAUAAAGAGGAGCAUCCGUUCGAGAAGCGCCGCUCUGAGGGCGAGAAGAUCCGAAAGAAAUACCCGGACCGGGUUCCGGUGAUAGUGGAAAAGGCUCCCAAAGCUCGGAUAGGAGACCUGGACAAAAAGAAAUACCUCGUGCCUUCUGAUCUCACAGUUGGUCAGUUCUACUUCUUGAUCCGGAAGCGAAUUCAUCUCCGAGCUGAGGAUGCCUUGUUUUUCUUUGUCAACAAUGUCAUUCCACCCACCAGUGCCACAAUGGGUCAACUAUACCAGGAACACCAUGAAGAAGACUUCUUUCUAUACAUUGCCUACAGUGAUGAAAGUGUCUAUGGUCUGUGAAGCUGCUGCGCCUGAGGUUGGGGGGUCUUAUUCUACAAAAAGAGAGGUGGCCUCCCUUCUUGACCUACUACUCCUUCAGGUUCAAACACCACCUCCCUUCUUCAGGACCUGCACUUCUUAAUGCUUGAGGCCCUCCUCCAGCCUCUCAGCAGGAGGGGCUAAUGGGGGAGAUGGCCUCUAGUACCUCUCCUUUCUCUCUUCUUCCCCUUUCUCUACCACCUUUCCCACUCUGCUUUAGACUUCUUGAUUGUCAGUCUCACAUCCAGUGAGUCUUUUGGUUUCUGUUCCCCUUCUAACUGCCCAAGGGGCUCAAAUCCCCAACAAUCUCUUCCUCUUACUGUCUACUUUUUUGCCGGUAGAUGGAAGGGACUGAAUUGUCCAGGAAGGUAGGAGGCACAUCAAUAAAAGAGGAAACCACCAAGCUGAA